UAAGUGCACAAACUAUAGUGAAAUUUCUGUUUAAUGGAGUUCAGCCUCAGUAAGACACUCCUGUUUGGCUGGAGUGGCAUAAAAAAAGAAGAGUCUCUGGGGUUUCAUGCACUGUAUGCAGGCUGAGCAUGUGUUUAAAUAACUGUUUGUACAGGAUUUUGAGCUCUAGUCUGGUAUUUUUUGUGAAGUGGUUUUCAAUGUGUUUAGGUCUUGUAUUUUAGUAUUGAUAUUUUCACCAAAGUCUACAUCGGAGUCUUAGAAAAGGUGGCAAGUGUUUUUCAAAAAAAACCUGUCUAGCACAGUUUAAAUGAAGCCAGGAAUGUAGUUGGUAUAACUAACCAAUGUUCUGAUUGCAUCUGAAUAGUCUGGCUUUGCUCUUCACUUGAUACCCUUUCCAUCUGUCUGUUUUUUCUACCUGCUCACCUUCAUGGUUCAAAGUUAGUUCAUAUCUCUUGUCUCUAAACAUCCUUUUUUGGAUGCCUGCCAAGCCACCUGGUUCUCUUCUGUCUUUUCUUGAGUGUAUUGUGCAACUGCUGUUUUAGCCUAUAUUCUUGAGAUUUCUUUUUUCCUUCUCAAUUGUUGACUUUGGAUACAUAGUCCAGCCCUUCUUCUCUGUAUCAUCUCCCAGUAAAUACAUACAGGUCAUCUACUUCUCGAUAGCCUUUUUCUCCAGAAAGUCUUUACUACUUCCCCACUGAGUUGUAAGAGAACCCAGAAAAAUAUUUGGAAAAGCAUUGAGAGGUGUGUAAGGUUAGAACAAAGAGCUGCAUUUUAGCCACUGCAUUUUGGAUCUGCCAUGGGUUCCUGGAAUCAAAGCUCACUGCAAGAGGUGGCCUCAGCAACAUGCUGUUUCAGUGCUCACUACCUGAUACCAUUGAGACACUUGCAGAUGAACCACGGAAAGUUCUCCUGCGCUUAUAUGGUGCAAUCCUGCAGAUGAGGUCCUGUAAUAAAGGAGAGUCUGUACAGUCUCAGAAGGAAAAUGACUUGCAAGGGGCAGAAGCCAUGGUUCUGGAAAGUGUUAUGUUUGCCAUUCUUGCAGAGCGAGCUCUUGGCCCAAAGCUGUAUGGAAUCUUUCCACAAGGGCGACUGGAGGAAUUCAUUCCCAGCAGGAAGCUCAGUACUGAAGAACUAAGCUUACCUGACAUAUCUGCUGAAAUAGCUGAGAAGAUGGCUAGAUUUCAUGGCAUGAAAAUGCCAUUUAAUAAAGAACCUAAGUGGCUUUUUGGAACAAUGGAAAAAUAUCUAAAUCAGGUGCUGAGGAUUAAAUUUACCAGAGAGUCCAGAACUAGAAAACUGAACAAACUCCUCAGUUACAAUCUUCCCCAGGAAAUGAAAAAUCUAAGAGCUAUGCUUGAAGCUACUUCAUCACCAGUUGUAUUUUGCCACAAUGACUGUCAAGAAGGUAAUGUCUUACUUCUGGAAGGCAGAGAGAAUUCAGAAAACCAAAAGCUGAUGCUCAUUGACUUUGAAUACAGCAGCUAUAAUUACCGAGGAUUUGACAUUGGAAAUCACUUUUGUGAAUGGAUGUAUGAUUACACGUAUGAGAAAUACCCAUUCUUCAAAGCUAGUGUUCUUAAAUAUCCUUCAAAGAAGCAACAGCUUCAUUUUAUCUCCAGUUACCUGUCUGCAUUCCAUGAUGGCUUUGAAAAUCUGAGCAAUGAAGAGAAGUCCAAACUAGAAGAAGAAGUGUUGAUAGAAGUUAACAGGUUUGCCCUUGCAUCACACUUCUUCUGGGGUCUGUGGUCUAUUAUACAAGCAAAGAUCUCAUCCAUUGAGUUUGGUUACCUGGAAUAUGCGUUAUCCAGAUUUGAUGCAUACUUUGAUCAGAAGAAGAAGCUGAAGGUGUGAAUGUGGGAGGAGUGGCCUGUUGGUUACUGUAUGAAGAGGGCAGCUGGACAGAACUUACACUGUGCUUAGGCUACUGUAUCUCUAACGAAGGUGUCACUGAAUUCCAGUUCCUUGGAACACAGGUGUACAGUACUGAUGACUGUAUAAAAAUGACUUGUUUACAGUUUCGUAAAUACUUGGAAUGAGAUUGGGAGGCAAAAGUAAAAUACAACAGUGCAAUAUCUUUAAAUCUCUUUGAUCUAGAAGAUAUUUUAUAUUAUGGGAGAAGCUUACAAUUAACUGUCAAUACCACAUGUACCAGAGCAAACAGUGUUACUGUGAGUACAUUUUCUAGAGGGGUGUUGGCAUUAUGGUUUAUGUUGUAAGUGGAACAGUUGUAAAAGAUGAUUCAUUGUAGAUGCUGCCUCUUAAUGAGAAGGAAAAGCGAAGGAGACAACUGUUAAACUGUGAAGUAGGCUUAAAAUCUUACGGUGAGAUUUGGUUCAACAUGCCCCAUGAACACUAUCUUUAAAGCUGCUGAUAUGUUACACCACUUUAACCAUAAAGCAACUAAACACAUUGAAGCAGUACGCUUUAAAGUGUUAUCUACACAUACGUGAAUGUUUCUCUUAAGCUGGUGUGCCUGUGAAGUACAAAUGAACUUUGAACUGGGCAUUCUGAAGGAGUUUGUCCUGAACUGUUCAUUCCAUGCCCUUCAAGAACAUGCUUUAGCCCAGCCUGGUUGUCUCUUAAAAUGCUGUGUCCUGCACAGGGGGUUCUGUGGGCUGGCAGCACUGGAAAGAGUGCCUUGAAUUGCUCUAGCAACUCCCCAGAUAACUGGAUUGGCAUUGAAAAUACUUGUAAUUGGAGCCCAUCUCUCUUCUUGUGUUGCCACAGUAUAUGGCUGUAAGAAAUAGUAGAGCCAAAGACUGCGGAGAACACUUCAGGAAAUUGCUUUUCUGCCCAUCCAAUGCUUAUGUGGCUUGGGAGGUGCUUUUUUUGCACCUUCAAUUUUCAUCAUGUUCCAGCAAUCCAGUGAAGUGGAGUGUCUUGUGGGGGGAACAAUAAUGUGCAUAUUGAAACUUGAGUAUAAUCUGUGUACAUGUCAUCUAAAGAUUUCUUUAGAUUUUUGGGAGCUUGUUUGUUUUGAAUGUUAUUUGUUUGUGCUUUCUAACACACUGUAUUAUAAAUAAUAAACUUCUAAGUCUACCCUUUUCACUUGUAUAGCAAAUACUGUUUCAAGCAGCUGAAAAAUGCAGCAUUUCAUGUACUGUAUAGCAUAACUUGUAAAAGCUGUCAUUUUAUUCUCUAGUAUAGAGAAUCAUUUUCCAUACACUGAGUUAUUAAUACUUUAUAAUAAAUAUAAAGCACUUAAAAACA